GGGUUACAUACCGUUGGCGGGUUUUCUGGAAAAAAAGUUAUACCACAGACAAUACGCAGUUAUGCAGUGGGCUCGGGCGAAAAUAGUAAAGAAAUUAUUGCAUUAAUUUAGUUAUGGAUGAUACAGAUAAUUGUGCGAGCGUGGAAGAUUUACGAAAUAACAAAACCUGUGCGUUCAAUUUAGACUACGAUAGUGGCUACAUUUCACACAAGUCCGAAUCAAAUUUGGAUAAUUUCGUGCGGGAUGGUGAUGUAUUGAGUUUGGUUUCCGACCCUAUUUACAUCAGCGAAAAUGCUCUGCUAGAAAUGCCCAUAACCUACAACAAUCCUAACAUUAGAAAGGAAAUCGAGAGGGAAAUCUUCGAAGGAACGAAUGUUUUCAACUCGCCACUUCUUAGUUCAUCCGCUUCGACAUCGCGCGUGUCCCCAUCGUCCGGAUCGGAGUGCAGCCCUGAAUUGAACUACUUCGGAUUCGCGUCCGAGGAAAGCAACGUUUCCCCUUUAAUUCCGUAUGCUAAUCAAAUAACCGUAGAAGCCGAUUACUUAGACAACAUGCAAGCCCAAAAUCAAAACGGUUUAGUGAAAAACCCUGUUUUCAACAAUAUUACCAACACUUACGCGACUAGUGAUCCACUGAAGAAGUUGACUUUAGUUUUAUCCAAGUCCGAUAAAGAGAAUUCGUAUAUUGUGAAGAGGAAGUACAAGAGCUUAUCUCCUGUUCCGGACGAUGCCUCGAACGAUCCCCAAGAUGGAUGCGACGAAGGAAAUUCGGAGAGAAUUGUUACAAAUGCAUGUUUAAAAUGUGUAAAUUGUAAUGCCGAUAUCGACGAAGAGGACGAAGAACGAUCUAAUCUUAUUUCACCAAAAAAUAUUAAUAAUAGUUCUUAUGAAACAAUGCAAUUAAACCCAGAGUCAUUUAAGCCCAUUGAAAAUGCAAAUUGUGAUGCUAAUUUAUUAAGAGAGCGUAACGCGACGAAUUCGGAAAGCUCCGAUUCCGUACGUGCGAGCGAUCAAAACAUAAACAAAGUAGUUUCUGAAACGUUAAACUGUAUGAUAAAUAAUGUGCACGACCGAGAGGAAACGAUAAAUGCUAGUGUAAUAUUAUCGACGCCCGAAAAGUCCUACAAUUCAAACAAUUCCGCCUUGAGUCCGGACCUGUUUUCGGAAGAUUCGCCCGAUAAAACGUACUUCGAAGAAAUCGAUCCCGUGAAAUUGAUACCGCAAGAAAGGUAUUUGCUGAAGAAAGACGAGACGAUUUUGAAAAGGACGCAGAACCAUUUGAAAGGUGUAUUGCCCCCGCGCAGCGUGACGACAAUAAGAAUUUCAAUCGACGAAAUGUUAAGCAAACUCGAAAGUAACAAAAAAUACUUUUGGGAUAGCUCCACGUCCGGUGGAAAUAUUUCCGAAGACAAUUCCAAGUCGUUGCUCGUAAGCUCAUCGACUGAGAAUUCCAAGAAGAUGGAUUUUCCGGAUGUUCUGAAGCACAGAGCUUUGGGUUUAUACCACAAUCGCAACAAAACUUCGGAGGAAUUCGAGGAGCUUUGCAUGAAGUACGGCCAGAGGUACGUCGGAGCAGAAACGCUUUCGUCGUGCACGGUUUUCGAAAUGAGCGCUCUCAGCCCGAUGAAACGCAGGAACACAAAAUCGCAAUGGAAUUCCAAGUCGCCGGGAAAGCGGCUCAGCCAUUUGGCCAGGAGGAGAAUCACUUUUUCCAGCAGCAAUUUACAAUCUGGCAGUUCCUUUUUAGCAGGAUCCAGGGCUAGGCAAAUUUUGGUGGACGCUAAGAAAAUGGAUUUGUUGAAUAGAAGAAAAAGCCCGAGGAAAACGCCGAGGAAGAAUACUCCGAAGAAAAGCCCCAAAACGAAAACCCGUACACCCAGUAGUUCGGCGAAGAAGAAACUAGCGAUGAGAUUUAGAAAAAUGGCUGGGGAAAUGCAGAAAACUUCCGAUUCGGUUAGUUUAGCGGCGAAACGAACACUCUUUCACAGCCCCGAUAAAUGCUUACCGAGUACUUCUGCAGCAUCAACAUCUGCGGAGGAUACUAGAAUAAAAUCGAAGCGAGCCCUAUUUUCCUCUCCCAGCAAAAGGUCUCCUUUGAAAAAUUUGGGUUUCAAGCGAUCGCCAGUCAAACGUUUAGAUUUCGGAACGGAAAAGAAGAGGAAACGUAUGGAUAGCGAUUCGUACGAAGAAGUCCCGUCGAAAUUUCCCAAAUCCCAAUCAGAAUGUACCCUAUUAAACGAUUCGAGUACAAAAAUGUUGUCUUCCAGAACCAGAAGUGACUUGAGUUUACAUCAAACUAGACAAAUCAAAGAACUGACUAUAACUCAUAAGAAGAAACUGCAAUUGGCAAUCUACGAGGCCUUACGAUCUCAAAACGUGCUUCCUACUCAUCCCAAGUUCAAGACUUUAGCGUUAAAUUUGGGCCGCCUCACCAGACAGCUAUUUUUAUUGACCGCAAACGAUUCCGUGGGGGUAACGGAGAAAUUAUUGCGCAUAGCCCGCCAUCACGUCAUCGCUAUAGUAAAGGGAAAAUCUCCCGAAGAAAUUUACGAAGAAUUCCUGAAGCAGAAAUCGAAAAACGCGAAGCCCCAAGGUUACGUUGCCCCCGAGAGUUCAGCGCCCGAAACCAAACCGGCCUCUUCCCUAAGGUCGUCUGCAGGUAGCAAGAACAUCGAUCGCAUCAAAAAGGCGAUCGAUUUUUAACAUUUUAGACUUGUUUGAUUUAUAGAUCAAUUAGAG